AGUAUGUCGACUGAACCUCGUUUAUACAGCUUUCACAACCACAUCAACUCCCACACCACAGCAACUCCUCAAAUUUUACCUCUCUGUCAACCCCAUCUAUACGACUCGCAAAGGGAUCUCAAUAUCCCACUUUCACGAUUAUCUUCAAAUGCACCUCGGAGAAAUUUACCAUCAGCAAAGCCACAACCUCCCGGCCCUCCUCCACCCACAUACCCCGAACUUCAGACUCUCCCACCAACUUCAACACCAGUCGCCAUUAGAAUAUCCCACAUGCCAAUCAUCCGGCCACUUCAAUUGCGAAAGACCGAAUUCUAAAAGGUCUAGGAAAGGGCAAAUCGAAUCUAGAAUCCGCUCUCGGUCAAGCCCGAGGAAAUCCUCCAGCUUCCAGUCCCUGCUACCGCUGCGCGAGAGCAUUCAAAUCCAAAGGCCCAUUCACGACAUGUAUCGUUGUCUCUGGGGAGUUUGCUGGUGCGUGUUGUAAUUGUAGAUAUAAUGGCGAUGGGUCGGGGUGUGAACUUCACCGCAUGUACUCUGACCCUACUGCUCCGAAGAAACCGAGGAAUUCUUCGGUGAUGCCGAGGCCUCCUCCACCCUUGAAAUGUACUGUUCGCAGCAAGAUGGUGCUUCGGCAGCUGGAUAGGGCUAGGAAGAUGGUGGGGAGACGUGGAAGUGAGACGUCGGUGGAAAGUAGGUGUGAUUGAGUUGGAUGUAUCGGAGUUUGUCCACAAAGUUGAUGUCCUUGCAAUAGUCACCAAACAAG